AUGGCAGCCCGAGCUCCUACACUUUUGCUCCUGCUGUGCGGUCUGCGCGUUUCUCUGGCGGUUGAUUGGGACUUUGUGGACACAAAUUUUACCUACCUCGGUGAUGCAAUCGACUACAAGGAUCCCUGUAAAGCUGCUGCCUUUUUGGGAGAUAUUGCUCUGGAUGAAGAUGACCUCCGCAUGUUCAAAGAGGCCCACAGCACUGAUGAUGAGCAGCACGCCAUCCAGACCAACCAGACAGACUCUGUUAACAGUUCCACCUCCAAUGAGCGUGUCAGGAGUAAAACAGCUGCAGACAAAGAGAGUCUCCAUCGUCUGAGGAGAGCGGCCACCUCCAGACCUGAGCGAGUGUGGCCGGACGGCAUCAUACCGUACGCAAUCAGUGGGAAUUUUAGUGGCAGUCAGCGAGCCAUUUUCCGUCAGGCGAUGCGUCACUGGGAGAAACACACUUGUGUAACAUUCACUGAGAGGACGACUGAAGAAAGCUACAUUGUUUUCACCUACCGGCCUUGUGGGUGUUGCUCCUACGUGGGGAGGAGAGGUGGUGGCCCUCAGGCCAUCUCCAUAGGGAAGAACUGCGAUAAGUUUGGCAUUGUGGUACAUGAACUCGGCCAUGUGAUCGGCUUCUGGCAUGAACACACGCGUCCGGACCGUGACGAGCAUGUAAGCAUCAUCAGAGACAACAUCCAGCCAGGACAGGAGUAUAACUUCCUAAAGAUGGAACCAGGCGAGGUCGACUCACUUGGGGAAGUCUACGACUUUGGCAGCAUCAUGCAUUAUGCAAGGAAUACAUUUUCCAGAGGAGUCUUCUUAGACACAAUAUUGCCCCGUUACGAUGUCAAUGGAGCUAGGCCACCUAUUGGACAGAGGACCAGGCUUAGCAAAGGGGACAUUGCACAAGCCCGCAAACUCUACAAAUGUGCAAAGUGUGGGGACAGCCUGCAGGAGAGUGCUGGAAACUUCUCCUCUCCUGGUUUCCCCAACGGGUAUUCAGCAUACGCUCACUGUAUCUGGAGGAUUUCCGUCACUCCUGGAGAGAAGAUUGUUCUGAAUUUUACAUCCAUGGACCUCUUCAGGAGUCACUUGUGUUGGUAUGACCAUGUGGAGGUCCGGGACGGGUUCUGGAGAAAAGCUCCACUGAAAGGCCGUUUUUGUGGAGACACACUUCCUGAUCCAAUCAUCUCUACUGACAGUCAACUGUGGAUUGAAUUCAGAAGCAGCAGCAGCUGGGUGGGCAAAGGCUUUUCAGCUGUUUAUGAAGCCAUCUGUGGGGGAGAGGUGAAGCGGGACAGCGGCCAGAUCCAGUCUCCCAAUUAUCCUGAUGACUACCAGUCCAAUAAAGCGUGUGUGUGGAAAAUAACGGUAGCAGAGGGUUUCAAUGUUGGCCUCUCGUUUCAGUCGUUUGAGAUUGAGAGACAUGACAGCUGUGCCUACGACUACGUGGAGGUGAGGGAUGGCAGUUCAGAGAGUAGCCCGCUGCUCGGCCAUUUCUGUGGCUAUGAAAAACCAGACGACAUCCAAAGCAGCUCCAACCAGCUCUGGCUGAAGUUUGUAUCUGACGGAUCAGUCAACAAAGCUGGGUUUGCGGCCAACUUUUUCAAAGAGAUGGACGAGUGCUCCAGACCUGAUAAUGGUCACUGCGAGCAGCGCUGUCUGAACACACUGGGCAGCUACAGGUGUGCCUGCGACCCUGGAUACGAGCUGGCAGCUGACAGACGCAGCUGUGAGACAGCUGCCUGUGGUGGGUUCAUCACCAAGCUGAAUGGCUCACUCACCACCCCCGGCUGGCCCAAAGAAUACCCACCCAACAAGAACUGUGUGUGGCAGCUGGUGGCUCCCAUUCAGUAUCGCAUCACUCUGGUGUUCGAUUUGUUCGAGACCGAAGGGAAUGAUGUGUGUAAAUAUGAUUAUGUGGAAGUGCGCAGUGGGAUGAGUUCAGACUCAAAGCUUCAUGGGAAGUUCUGUGGAGCAGAGAGACCCGAGGUCAUCACCUCCCAAAACAACAACAUGAGGAUUGAGUUCAAGUCCGACAACACCGUGUCCAAGAGGGGCUUCAAGGCUCACUUUUUCUCUGAUAUCGAUGAGUGCUCCAAAGACAAUGGAGGCUGCCAGCAUGAAUGUGUUAACACCUUCGGAAGCUACAGCUGUCAGUGUCGCAGCGGCUUCAUGCUGCACGAUAAUAAGCACGACUGCAAGGAAGCCGGUUGUGAUAAUGUUGUAAACAGUGUGUCAGGCAUAAUCAGCAGCCCCAACUGGCCUGACAAGUAUCCCAGCAAAAAGGCCUGCACCUGGUCUCUGUCCACAACCCCGGGCCAUCGAAUCAAACUUGUUUUCAAUGAGAUCGACAUGGAGGCUCAUCUGGAGUGUGCUUACGACCAUCUGGAGAUUUACGACGGGCGAGAUGUCCGUGCCCUGAGCCUAGGACGCUUCUGUGGCACCAAGAAGCCUUCUCCAGUCCUUUCUAGUGGCAACAAAAUGUUCCUGCGUUUUUUCUCUGACAACUCAGUGCAGAAGAGGGGCUUUGAAGUUUCAUACAGAGCAGAAUGUGGAGGAAGCCUUAAAGCCGAGGUCAGGACAAAAGAUCUGUACUCUCAUGCACAGUUUGGAGAUAACAACUACCCUGGUGGCUCUGACUGUCUGUGGGUGGUCUCUGCUGAGAAGGGCUAUGGAGUGGAGAUCAUCUUCCAAGUGUUUGAGAUAGAGGAGGAGACAGACUGCGGGUAUGAUUACGUGGAGCUGUAUGACGGCUCCGACAUCAAGUCUCCGAGGCUGGGACGAUAUUGUGGAUCUGGGGCUCCAGAAGAGGUCUACUCAGCUGGAGACGCCAUAGUUUUAAAGUUUCACUCAGAUGACAGCAUCAGUAAAAAAGGUUUUCACUUACGCUACACAAGCACAAAGUUCCAGGACACAUUACAUGCAAGCAAGUGA